CCACGCAUACCUAUAAAUAUGUCUCCCACACUCUCGCUCAAGCUCAAGAAAUCAUCUCACACUCCUCAGUCCUCAGUAAGCUCAAGCACCAUGCUCAGACUGUUCAAGAAGGAAGCCGCCUGCCAAUCACCCAGCACUCUGCCGGUAGCCAUGGACAUGGGCCUUGAGGUCUCGAGCUCCUCCCCCUCCUCCUCGUCGGUGUCGUCCUCGCCCGAGCACGCGGCGAGGCGGGCGUCGCCGGCGAAGCGCCCCGCUGGGCGCACCAAGUUCCGGGAGACGCGGCACCCGGUGUACCGCGGCGUGCGGCGCCGGGGCAACACCGAACGGUGGGUCUGCGAGGUGCGCGUCCCCGGCAAGCGCGGUGCUCGGCUCUGGCUCGGGACGUACGCCACGGCUGAGGUCGCCGCGCGCGCGAACGACGCUGCCAUGCUCGCCCUGGGCGGCCGCUCCGCCACGUGCCUCAACUUCGCCGAUUCCGCGUGGCUGCUCGCCGUGCCGUCCGCCCUGUCCGAUCUCGCAGACGUCCGGCGCGCGGCUGUCGAGGCCGUCGCGGAUUUCCAGCGACGGGAGGCUGCCGAUGGCUCCCUCGCCAUCGCUGUCCCUAAGGAGGCCUCCUCUGGCGCUCCUUCACUAUCUCCGUCGUCUGGGUCCGACAGUGCCGGUUCGACGGGGACGUCGGAACCUUCCGCCAAUGGAGUGUUCGAGGGGCCCGUUGUAAUGGACAGUGAAAUGUUCAGGCUUGACUUGUUCCCGGAAAUGGACCUGGGCUCGUACUACAUGAGCCUCGCGGAGGCGCUGCUCAUGGACCCGCCGCCUACAGCGACCAUCAUCCACGCGUACGAAGACAACGGCGACGGGGGAGCUGAUGUCCGGCUCUGGAGCUAUAGUGUCGAUAUGUGAUUUCCCAGAUGAUUCUGCUCUGUUUUGACUGUGUACUGACUGCUGAGUAGUUUUUUUGUUUCCUUAGGAAAGUUUUCCUCUUUUAGAGUGAAGAUGUUGUAGCUAAUAAACUGAAGCUGCUUCCAAUCCAGCACUGAAUGAAACAGUUUUAGUCGCUGCAAUUCUUAUGCCA